AUUAAAUGACAAAAGAAGAAAUCAAGGAAGUAGUGGAGGCAUAUUUGGUGGAUAGGUUUGAUAAAAUUUGGGGGAAAAUAAAGGAACUUGAAAAAAAGAUUUAGGAAUGCGAAGGCAAAUUAACUUAAUAGCAGACUGAUAAUGAUAAAAACUUGUCAAUUUAAAAUUAAAAUAUUAAUGAAAUAGAAUCGAAAUUUAGGAAUUUAAUAACAAUUUUAGAAGAGACUUAAAGAUCUGCAAAUUAAGUGAUAGAAAAGACUGCAUUGAAAUUAAAAGAGAUAGAAAAUGUUAAAAAGAAUUAAUAGUAAAAAUUAGAAUAAUUAGCAUAAAUUUAGAAUUAUCAAUAGUAAAUAUUAGUAUCAUAAUAAUAAUAAUAAUAAAAUUAAGCAUAACUACAAUAAUAAGUUUUCUUGUAAUAAAAUAAACCAAAUCAAUAAGAAAUAUAAGAAUAUUAAAUUUAAACAUUAUAAUAAGCACCUGAAGGAAUGGUAUUUAGAAUGUAGAAUGGUAAUAGAUAUCACCGUUUAAACUGUGAAAAUGUAAAGAAAUUUAAAUCUAAAAUGAUAACAAGACAUGAGGCAGAAUAAUCAUAAUUAACUAAAUGUUAAAUCUGCAAACCUUGAAAUUUAAUAUGUAUGAAAGAUAUAUAUUUUUUGAAAUACAUUUAAGAUUGACA